GGGAUCUCCAAAAAGGGUGUGCGCAGCCGCGAACCUUAUCGCCGGCAGGGGAGGAAGUGGAUCUCAUGGACAUGGACAAAACCUGCAAUUUGAUGCCGUACCACAGUAAAAGAACAAGGCACCUCCCACUACCUGGAAGAAUCUUUCGAGCCGUCUGCAAACAAGUCAAGUUCCAACACAUUCAUUUAUUUUCCUCCUUGCACUUUCCGCUGUCAUAUUCCAAGGUUUCUUUACAGGAAUCAUGGUUUCAUUUUGGGUUUCGCUUCUCUCUCUUGCGUCGGUGGUGAACGCUGUUGGUAAUAUUGAUUGUACCAGCAUCAAUGGAAUCAAGAAGGAAUGUCGCUCUUUAGAAUCUUUCUAUCAACGAGAUGUCUUUUGGGUUGGUGGCAAAUACAAUUCAGAAGCUUUGGGGAUGAUGACGUAUGAUCAAUUCUAUGUCGAAAAGUUGACUGGACUUGGUGGUGUAUGGCAGAAUUACCCAGUUGUGUUCUUUCACGGCGGAGGAGUUUCGGGUGCUGUGAGUUUAGGCUAUUAUAUUAUUGUGGCUUCUUAUCCCUACUAAUAUUUACUAGACAUGGCUCAAUACUCCCGAUAACAGAAAAGGAAUGGCUUCGAUGUUUCUCGACAAAGGAUAUCAGGUUUAUAUUGUCGACCAAAGCUCUGUAGGGCGUGGUUCCCAGAACGACCUCACUGGAUACCCAUUACGAUUUGGGUCAACAUCCAACAUCACCGAGAAGGGUUUCACUCAUCCUGAGGGUACCAAUGCCUAUCCGCAAUCACAACUCCACACUCAAUGGCCUGGAGCUGGGCUAAGUGGAGAUCCCGUUUUCGACGCAUUUGAAUCUGGAUUCAUCCCCCUAACUUCCAAUGCCACCCGUCAGGAAAUGUCAAUGCGAGCAGGAGGCUGUGAACUUCUCAAUCUCAUUGGAAAGAGUUUCCUUGUUUCACAUUCGAUUGGCGCAAUCCAUUCUAUUUUGAUGUCGGAUGAAUGCCCAGAUCUCGUAGCCGGAAAUGUCAACCUAGAGCCUGGAAAUAUUCCUUUCGAGUCUUAUGUUGGCAACGCCACCUCGGCUGUUGGACGUACUACAGCAAGACCAUUCGGUCUCACUUCUACCAAUCUCCAUUACUCACCACCUAUUACCAGCGCGUCCGAGCUAGUCUUGGAAACCGUAGGCGAAGACUUACCAGAACACAGGUCUUGCAUCCAGCAAUCCAACGCUACUGGUUCUAUCAUCCACACGCUUCCAAACCUCGCCAAGAUUCCAUAUGUAUCAUUUAUCGGAGAGGCUAGUCCUCACGCAUCAUAUGCCCACUGUGUCAUCCAAUAUCUUCAACAGGUUGGUGUCAAGCCCGACUUUGUCAGAAUGGAAGACCGCGGUGUGAAAGGAAAUGCUCAUUUUGGAUACCUGGAGCUUAACAGUCAGACUUAUUUUGAAGUUGUCGAGAAGUGGAUUGUUGCUGCCAUUUGUAACCUUAACGGAUGGGGAUCCUGUAUAUUUUAGAAAAUCUGAUUGAGCGAAUGUAAAUAGUCAUCCUCGUACAUAAUAUUCCA